AUGGUUGAUCCACGCCCAACUAUUAAAAAUGCAGACAUGAAUGAAGAUAUGCAGCAGGAGGCUGUAGAAUGUGCCAUCCGUGCGUUUGAGAAGUAUACGGUCGAGAAGGACAUUGCAGCUUUCCUCAAGAAGGAGUUUGACAAGAAGUACGGUGCUACUUGGCAUUGCAUUGUCGGACGUAACUUUGGAAGCUAUGUCACCCAUGAAACCAAGCACUUCAUCUACUUUUACUUGGAUCAAAUCGCCAUUCUACUCUUCAAGAGUGGAUAG